AUUAUGGACCACCAACCAAAAACUGAUUAAAAUAAUUCGAUUUGUGACCGAAUGAGGCCAACAUGCUGAGCUGGCUGAUGAUGGGUCUCGUCCAGCUAGUAAGUGGGGAUAUAUCCCCCGAUUUCUACGCCAACACCACGAGUUGGAUGGCAAAUAAUGAGAGUAUGUAUACCACGGAAUUAAAUCAUCGUUGGAUUAGCGGAAGUGGUUCAACAAUCCAACCGGAAGAGCCUGUUUACGGCACUGAGCUGCCAACCUACCAGCACUGUAUAGCCACCCGGAACUCCUUGGCGGAUCUUUUCACAGUCGUUCUCUAUGGAAUAGUCUGCUGUAUUGGCCUGUUUGGCAACACACUAGUGAUAUAUGUGGUGCUGAGAUUUUCCAAAAUGCAAACGGUUACGAAUAUCUACAUCCUGAAUCUGGCGGUGGCAGAUGAGUGCUUCCUGAUUGGCAUUCCCUUUCUGCUCUACACGAUGCGAAUCUGCAGCUGGCGGUUCGGGGAGUUCAUGUGUAAGGCCUACAUGGUCAGCACCUCCAUCACAUCCUUCACGUCCUCGAUAUUCCUACUGAUUAUGUCGGCGGAUCGCUAUAUAGCCGUAUGCCAUCCGAUCUCCUCACCCCGCUAUCGUACCCUGCACAUAGCCAAAAUAGUAUCGGCAGUGGCUUGGACCACAUCGGCGGUGCUGAUGCUGCCAGUGAUUUUGUAUGCCAGCACGGUAGAGCAGGAGGACGGGGUGAACUACUCCUGCAACAUCAUGUGGCCGGAUGCGUACAAAAAACACUCGGGCACCACCUUCAUCCUGUACACGUUUUUCCUGGGCUUUGCCACUCCGCUGUGUUUUAUUCUCAGUUUUUACUACCUAGUCAUAAGGAAGCUUCAGUCCGUGGGCCCCAAACACGGCACCAAGUCGAAGGAAAAGAGGCGGGCCCAUCGAAAGGUCACCCGGCUGGUCCUGACCGUGAUAACGGUCUAUAUCUGCUGCUGGUUGCCCCACUGGAUGUCCCAGUUGGCGCUCAUCCACUCGAAUCCCGCCCAGAGGGACUUGUCGCGCCUGGAGAUACUCAUUUUCCUGCUACUGGGGGCUCUGGUCUACUCUAAUUCGGCGGUGAAUCCCAUAUUGUAUGCCUUCCUUAGCGAGAAUUUCCGGAAGAGCUUCUUUAAGGCGUUCACGUGUAUGAAUCAGCAGGAAAUCAAUGCCCAAUUGCAGGUGGAGCCGAGUGUCUUCACAAAGCAGGGCAGUCGCCGGCGCGGGGGAUCCAAGAGACUGCUGACCACCAAUCCGCAGAUGCCACCGCUGCUGCCGUUGAAUGCCACCGGCAACAAUAACUCAUCGACCACCACAUCCUCCACAACGACGGCGGAAAAGACCGCCUCCACGGGAGCUCAGAAAUCCUGUAAUUCCAAUGGAAAAGUAGCGGCUCCACCGGAGAAUUUGAUUAUUUGCUUGAGUGAGCAGCAGGAGGCCUUCUGCACGACCGCCAGGAGAGGAUCGGGGACAGUGCAGCAAACCGACUUGUAACCUAUUUUA